AUGUAUGGAAAUAUGGGUCAGAGCAGUGAAGAUACUGUCGUAAGAUGUGUAGUCGAAUUUGUCGAUGAACGGAUUGGAGUUGGACGACCACAGGUACCAAGACAGUAUGUUAUCGAGUUUCUUGACUUCCUCAUCGGUAAAUCUACCGACGUACUUGUUGUAGGUGAGCUUAGAGAGUGUAUAGCUUUUGACUAUGGCCAUCUUGGUACGCAAAGUGACACCAGUUGUUUUCCAACGGACCAGGUGUCCUUUAAUAGAGUUGAUCAGAGAAUCAAGCGAAUGGUGCGGGCGCUUGCAUCUAAAGACUGUCUCGAAGCUCUAUCACAUAUACUUUUGGCAAAGAUUGUUGAUUUCUUAGAUGAUAAUAUAGAUAAAAUAUGUUUUACACUUGCUUGUAAACGAUGGUUCAACGAGAGAGAUAAAUAUUUAACAUUUAAUUUCAAACAACUUCACUUGUUCGAUUCAGAUUCAGAUUACAUACACUUGAAUUCAUAUCGAUCAUCAAUCAUUAGAUCAAUCAAUAAGAGAAAAUACUCUCUGAUCAUUAGUGAUCACAAAUAUAGUAAUCAUGAUUAUAUUAUAUCUCCAAAAAAACUACAGGAUAUAGAUACGAUUGAAUCAAACAUUUAUCUAGUUAAAAUCCCUUAUUAUGUUGAGAAUACAUCUUUAGAGAGAUUUUAUGAAAUCAUUGCUAAAUCAAAUGUAAUGAAACUAAAGGGGUGGAAAACAACAAGUCAUAAGCUUCCACAGAGUUUAACAUCAUUAAGAUUCACAAAAGCUUUUGAUGAACCAUUGGAACCAGGAUAUCUUCCACCCAAUCUAAAGAGCAUUCGAUUCUAUUACUUUGGUCGGCCAAUCCAAUCAGGUGUAUUCCCAUUGUCAUUGAGAAAGUUGGUUUUCGGAAAUAGUUUCAAUCAACCUUUGGGACCAGGAAUACUUCCAGCGUCUUUGGAAAUACUAAAGUUCAAAGGCACACUUUUUACUCAAGGAUUCCAACUCGGUUCAUUACCUCCCAAUCUAAAGACACUAGUCUAUUCAGGACAUGACAUAGAGAUUGAUGAAGGAGUUCUACCCGAUUCAAUUUAUACUCUUCGUUAUGUUCCACCAUUAUGGAUUUCAUCAAUUAGAUCACUUUCAAAUCUUAGAUCACUUACAUUCUAUCUACCAGAUGACUCUUCAAAUCAUCAAAUCUCUUUAAGCGAUCUCCCAACAUCCCUAACAGCGCUGUACACCAAUUCAUCGGUAGAACUAAAAUCAACACUACAUCCAUCAAUCAAAUAUCUUGAUAUUAGUUAUUCAAAAUAUGAUGUUGAUGAGAUAUUCAAAUAUCGAUCAACAUAUCAAUUUGAACUUCUAAGUGUCGAUGGAAGUAAACUAGAAUCACUCGAGAAUUUGAAAAUCAAAAGAUUGGCUAUGCCCUGCAGUUCAAAAAAAUAUCAAAUGAGAGAGAUACCUCAUGGGAUCAAAGAAUUGGAAUUAGGACAAAGCUAUUCAAGUUUUUUGGAUUCACUCCCAACCUCAGUCAAGAAACUGACAGUAUCCCAUAUAUCUCAAAUCGAUAGUAAUAUUGUUGAUUCGAUAAAUGAAUUGGUUGUCAAGAAUAUAAGACAGAAUUAUACAGCAAUUCCAUUCCGUUUUAAAGAAGCUUUAGAAACUCUUGCUAUUCCAACAAUGGUAAUUCCGUAUCCAAAUCCAAAAAACACAUUUUUCAAUAUCUCUGGUAAAACAAUAUGUUUAAGAAGGAUCAAUGAUAAUCAGUUUAUUAUUUUUGGUCAAACUUCAAAAAUAUUUGUUGCUGCUUUCGUUGAUGGAUCACAGCUUGAAAAUAUUAGAAAUAUUAUUGUAUAA